ACCUGACAGUUAGCCAGCACCACUCAGAUACGAAUUACAAAAAUACAUUUACAGCAACAAUUACAGAAACAUUCGUGGAAAAAACGCGACAGCUUAAAAAUACUUAAUAAAGUGCAGCACGUCUUUUGAGCGGCUCUGGUAAUUCUAUAAAAUUUAUGCAACACUGACAGCAAAGCCACAAAGCAAAAAGAACACAUCGAGGAGCAGACAGACAAGCCGAGCGGCAAACAAAAAGUGAGAGAUAGAUAAAGAACGAGCGAGAGCGAGUUAGCACUCAGCGGUGGCUGGUUCCACUGCCAUAUAACGGGAUUUUUCGCCUGAUUUACAGUUACCAACGCACAUCAAUCCUUCGCCAAGCUAGCACCUUUUACAACAGUAACAGCAAAGAGCAACAGCAGCAUAAUGCGUGGCCGUCACUUGCGCCGCCGUUUCAGCCUGCAGCCCUCGUUCAUGAAGGAUGACAGCGCCGAGGAUAAACCCAAGCGUGACAAAGUGGGCCGGAAUAAUGCAGUGGACGAUGCCAUUGGACCGGCAAAUGCACGUCAUAAAAUUGUGGUCAUGGGCGCGGCUAAAGUGGGAAAAACUUCGAUAAUCACACAAUUUCUAUACAACACAUUUACCACCAAAUAUAAAAGGACCAUCGAGGAAAUGCAUCAGGGGAACUUUUCAAUUGCGGGCGUUAGCCUAACGCUGGAUAUACUCGAUACGGCCGGCUCCUAUGAGUUUCCAGCAAUGCGCGCCCUAUCCAUAUCAUCGGCAGAUGCGUUCAUUCUGGUUUACGAUGUCACCGAUGCGUCCACUUUCGAGGAGGUGCGGGCUAUACGAGAUCAGAUACAUGAGACAAAGGCGACCACAGCGGUGCCAAUUGUGGUUGUUGGCAAUAAGGUAGAUCUGCUCUCCGAGGAUGGAGAACUGCGCGAGGUGGAAUAUGCCACAACCGAAUCGGUGGUAACUGUUGAUUGGGAAAAUGGCUUUGUUGAGGCAUCGGCGGCCAAUAACGACAACAUCACGCAGGUUUUCAAGGAGCUGCUCGCCCAGGCAAAAAUUACGUACAACCUGAGCCCGGCGCUACGCCGCCGCCGCCAGUCGCUGCCCCAGCAAAUUGGCAACAAUGGGCCGGGCACACCGCUGCACCACCAUCACCAUCACCAUCAAGGGGCGACGGCGCACGGUUCCGGCUCUGGGUCGGCCUCAACAUCGUCUGGUGCCGCCGGCGGGGCGCAUGGCUCACACACACCAACGCCGGCACAGCUGCAGCAUCUGCAGCGCAUACAGGAGCGCAGCUUGGGCGCCAAGCGCAACUCAUGCACAAUUUCCUAAGCCAAUUGGCGUUAAAUAAUAGCAAACCUUAAUGAACCUAUAUGCAACUGAAACUGAACAAACGGUCUCCUACAAAUGGUUUUCAAUGUUUCACAAAUAAAAACGAUUUAUAUUUAUGUAUUUACGAUCUUAUAUAGCAUCGACUCAAUCGUACCUCUUGCUAAACACUUUAGUACCUAUCUUGAGCAAAUUUUCGCUCUGUCUUUCUCUCAAGCUAUCCCUCUCUCUCUCUCUCUCUAUUCUCCCAUUUCUGACUAUCCAUAUAUCUAUAUCUCAACACGCCCAAAAAAUGUUUGGAACCCAAAAAGAUAUAAAUAGGCAUAAGCCGCAACUAAAAGACCCAUUAUAAUAUAAAUGUUAGUUAUUUCUACAGAUAUACAUAUAUAUAUAUAGUAUAUAUAUUUACAUAUAAAUAUGUCUAUAUAUACGAUUCACAGAUAUGUGUACCAUCUAUACAAAUAAUUGAAGCGGCAAUCCCAACAAACUAUGCACAAAGAUCUGUAAAUACAGGACAAUAUCUGAAGCUUAACGCCCAAAAAAAAAUUUGACCAAAAUCCCCAAAUUACAAUUUAUCCACUAUUUAUUACAAGACAAUUACAAUUUUUAGGUUGCUUUAAAAAAACAAAUAAAAAUUGAACGUUUUUCGCAUCUAAGCAAUGUUCUAAUCCCUUUGCAUAUAAACACAGUAACUAUCCGAAACAAAAUGCUUAAACUCAAGAAAAACCGCAAGAAAAGCGCCCAAAAUGUAGGCGGCUGUUGAACCGCUCCUGUGUCUAAUCACAAAAGUGUUACAGAUGUGUCUGUGUAUGUGUGUGUCUACCUAACCGAAAUAUAAGUAUAUAUGGAUUCUAUUAAUAAAUACAUACAUGUAUGUAUAUGUACGUUUUUUUCAAGAAUAGAAGCAAAACUUGGGGUGUAGAGCCUGACUGCUUCAUCUGAAGAACAGAGCUAGUUUUGGAACUUUGGCUAGAUAGCUUUGGCAAGCUGAGUACAGGAGUAUGCCAUGCUAUGAGAUACUCUGCACACUAUUUAUCUAUGUAAAAUGAAUUGAAUGAUGUUCAACGUACAAAGUAAUUACCUAACUCCCAAUUUAAAUGAAGUAAACAAAAUGAAUACAAAACAAAACUUAAAUAUCAUAAAUAUAUCAAAUAUAUGCACAUUUCGCUCACCCUGUAAGCUUAAUUAUAUUCCCUUUGAAACAAAAUUAAGUUCAAUUUACAAAAUAGCCAAUUCGAGAACUUUCCUUCUUAGCCGAGUAGCAUCUGGAUGUGUGUGUAUGUGUGUGUUAUUAGAUCGUGAGAGUUUAUAUAGAGUAGUUGAUGUAUUCUCAAAAAUAUUCGUGAUCGUAUAUUGUCUGUGGAAGAUGGAAGCAAAUGCAUAGUAAUUAAAGAUUGUUAAGAUUAUUUGUGAAUUUAGUUUUCUUUAUGUUUUAUCAUAAUAUAUUAUUAAAUGUUAGCGUGUAUCGUAAUGUAGUUGGUUAAUAAGGGAAAUGACGGUUUAAGAAUGAAAAUGCAAUGAAAACACCAAAGAAAAUCAAACUAAGGCCAAACAUAGUAAGGAAAAGCAACUAGAGAAGAAAGGAAAUACCUAUAACUACUUAUAUAGUAUAUAUAUAUACAUAUAUAUCUAUAUAUACUUACAUCUAUGAAUGGGUACAAGAAACGACUAUUAUGAUAUGAAGAUACAUAUGUAUUGUAUGCAAGGGUCUGCCGCAGCAUGUUAAAGCUAAUAUACUUAAUAAAUUUACAACAACUAGUUGGUUUGUCUGUGUCUGUGUUAAAUAUCAUAUAAAUAAAUAGCUUAAUACAUUCAUUGGGGUGCGAAGCCGAAUUUUCUUGCAAGCCAAAAGAUAACUAACUUGCUGAGCUUAAAUUGCAGGCCCCAAACGCAACUAAGUAUGUUUUAGAAAGCACAAUAUUCAAUGGUAUUUACAGAUUCCGAAGAGAAUCUUAUCAAAUUAAGGACUUAAACUUACUUUCAGUAUUCGCUUUAUUUUUAAAUUUCCCUGUCUAUGAAUAGACAUUUACACAACUACCUACGUAUAUAUAUAUGUAUAUAUAAACAUAUAUAUAUAUGUCUUGAUGAUAACCAAUUGAAUCGCCAACUGAUCAAGCGUUAAUCUAUAUAUAUUUAAAAUGUAUUAUUAUCUGUGCAAAUAGUAUGUUGUACAAUAAGAAUUAUCAAUGUCAAGCAAGGCUCAAUUGUAUAUUAUUUGAGUGCAGAGUGUUAUUUUUUAUAAUAUAGCACGACUUAAAAAAAAUGAAAAACAAUGAAUAAUAAGUAUUUAUAUCGAUAUGAUACAAUAAAAACAAAAACUAACUGAAUUUAUAUAAUUACUGAAACCAGUUCGUAUAAUACUUAUACAAAGUAGUGCGUAUUCGUGUGACAUUUUUGUGUGUAUUUACAAAAUAAAAUAAAUAAAAACAAUAUUGCUUAAAUAUUGCAUACAUAUAUACAUACAUAUUAUCAACCUACAUAUAUCUAUUGAAAAGAAAAUGCAUUAAGCAACAACUUGACAAAGCCAAUGUUCUGUGUGUAUUCUAUGUAAUUAGUAAAUUAUCAAUGUAAUACUACCUAAAACCCAAAGUUUUCCCCAGAAAAUUAUAACUAAAUUUUUGUAAUUUAUUUAGUUAAACGGCGCACUAUGACUGAACACAUUGUGUUUCAACACUUCUCACAAGAUUUUCACUUUUUCACAACAUUUGAGCGAACGUCAGGCAACUUUAAACAAACUAGCCAGGUCGGUUAGCUACCAAACCGGGCCAAAGGAAGCUGCAUAUAUUUUCCAUAUAAUAUUCGAGAAAUUCAGUUCACAGUGCGCUGAUUAACACAAACCCAUUUUGGAUAUAAAAGCAAGGCCACAUAGAAUUGACUAAAGCGCCAAUUGUUGGCGCUACAUUAAGGCAAAUACCAAAUAAAUUUCACUAUUGGUUCUUCAGAUACUUGCUACAUACUCGAUAAUACAUACACCUAUUAUAUAUAUUUAUAUGUAUACCUAGAUUUGUACUUUAAUCUAGAGCUUACGGUUGUGUCCGCUGUAUACGCCGCUGCAAUUUCAAAUUACAUUUUAUUGAUGUGAAAACCAAGAGAAUUAUUUAACACAAACGAAGUGGAAACACCCAAAACAAAAAAAUAAUAUAUACAUAUAUACUUAUAUCUAAAAUAUCUUAUCAAAUAACUCGUGCGCAUCGUUUUGAAAAAUAGUACAUAAAUAAUUGUGUUAUUGUGUUAACUUUUACGCGGCUUUUUUGUGUUUCCAAAUUUUCCUAAGUUUUAAAGUUAACAAUUUGUACGUAAGUGUGUGCGAGUAAUUACAAAAUUAUGUAGCAGAGCCCAAUGAAUGUUAUAAAGAAGUAGCAAACACCAGCAGAAGGCUAUCCUUAACAAUUAUUAACAUAAAUACCAAAUACAUACACAAAUAUACAUGCAUAAAUAUAUAUAUAUACAUAUGGUGUAUACAUAUACAAAUAUAUUUAUAAAUGUAAUUAAUAAAAAGCAAAACCAAAACCCAAAA